ACGGGUAAGUUAUGUAUCAAUAUGAUAGCAGAGGGUGUUAUAAGUUCUGUCUGCAUUCUGCCAUUGCAAAUAAAGCUCAGUCUCAUGAGGGGAGACGAAAUGAAUCGCUGCCGGUCCGCUGCGUUUCUUCCUUUUCGCUACAAGGUUUUGUGUGAGAUGGUGACGCCAGCUGCUGAAUUGUGAGAAACCUUUUUCCUCUCCUUCCCUUCCUGUGGCCACUGUCUCAUCUCAGCGACCCGAUGGCCAGCCGCCUCUUGGGCAGAUAUGCCUGUCUGCUCUUCAGAGCCUCCUUCCAGACUCCCACUGCUGCCUGCCUGCCUCCCCUUGGAGCUGGGUCGGCAGAGGUGCUGAGGACUCAAGGCUGGGCACGGGUCACAGAAAGGUUAAUGUGCGAUGGAAGGACUAUUACCAAGGAAACCCCCUUUCCAAACAUGCCUACACGCACCCAGCUGGACGAGUUGGUGGAAAAGGCAGCAGUGCCAGAGGACAUCCUGCUGGCCUGGGCAGAGCAUGGACAGAACGGUAAUCAAGCUGCUAAUGCACUGAUGAAGUGGACUCAGUUGGUCCUAAGGACGAAGGGCAAGUUUAAGGCACAACAACCGGAACUGAUGAUGGAUUCAAGGCUACUGGAUAUGAUGGAUACUCUAUCUCGGCAGGUGUCUGGAGUGUGGAAUGGCAAUCUAGUGUCUGUCUUGCGAACCCUCUGGAUUAUGGGUGUGCCGUCUACUCAUUCAGUGCUCAAUUCUAUCCAGACUGAGGUCCUGUGGCGAGUCCGCAGGCUAACCUACAAGCAGCUGGGCUUCCUGGCAGAUUGGGGCGCGGGCAGGAAAGGACAGCAAGAUGUAGCAAUAGUGAAUGCUGCAAUAAAGCAGCUGGAACUGCGCUGGACUGAAAUUGCUGAUGCUAAAACUGUCAGCGUGCUGAUAUCCAACGGACAACGCAUGUCGCCCAUCUUGAUAGACCGACUUGAAGACAAGGUAUUAGAGUUAAAAACAUCUGUUGGUGGGAAACAGAAUGUGAAUUGUUGUCCAUAA